CCUGAAUCGGGGAGGAAUGUUCCUGAGGAGGGGCUGCUGGGGCAGCACGUGGGGUUAUAAAAACCACCGCGUGGAGGGGAGCCGGAGAGAAGAGGAGGAUGGCGGAGAUGUGUGACCCCAAGGAGCCGGAUGACCCGGAGGUGGAGGUGUUUGGGAACCAGAGACUGGCUAAGAAAUAUACCGGCCUGCUCAGGAGCUCACGGAGCCUGCCAGGGUGUCUGACCCAGGCCCACCUGCCUCUGCUGCUGCUUCUCGUCUCUCUGGGCUUCUUCAUGCUCCUGGUGACCACUCUGGUUCAAGUCUCCAGGAUCCACCAAUCCCUGCAGAGAGACACAGGGGACCAUCGGGAGAGGAACCAUCAGGAGAGCCCCGGCCUCGGGGAUGUUUCUCAGGCCCAGAAACCAUCAUCCCUGGAGGAGAUACUCCAGCAGCUGACCUGGAUGAAUGCCACCCUGGCUGGCCUGUGCCGCCACUGCCCCUGGAAAUGGGAACUUUUCCAGGGAAGCUGCUACUUCUUCUCCCUGACCCAGAACACCUGGAAAGAGUCCAUUGCCGCGUGUCAGAACAUGAGGGCCCAGCUGGUGGUCAUCAACAGCACUGAGGAGCAGAAAUUUCUGAAGUCUUGGAAUACGAAAAAUAGCCAGCGCACAUGGAUCGGCCUCAGUGACCACCACAAUGAGGGUUCUUGGAGAUGGGUGGACGACACUCCCCUCCAACUCAGCUUCUGGAAAGAAGGGGAACCCAACAACCACGGGGAUGAGGACUGUGUGGAAUUGUACAGUGACGGCUGGAAUGACAACAGAUGUAGUACAGAAAACUUCUGGAUCUGUAAGAAGCCCUCGUCCCCCUGCCCGGGCCUCUGAGGGCCAGUGCUCCCCGUGCCCCACCCCGUCUCCAGAGAUCAGGCAACGAGCUCAUGCAUGCAUGCUGCUCGUUUCUCUCAGGCUUCAUUCUUUCUGCUUCUCCUGCUGGUGGACUCCCAUCCUUCUCCUGCAUGGAGGUCUUUAAGAUCCUGAGAGAGAUUCCGAGACCCCCUUCUCCUCUAAGAUCUGUCCCUUUGUAGGCUGUAGACGUCUCCCUUCUUCUGUUGAUGGUCUCAGCCCCUCUCCAACACCCCCCAUGACAUCCCCUUAAUAAAGUCACACACUGCAUUAUGUGUUCCAUUGAA